UCAAACGAACGGUCACACUGUUGCCCUCUGUCACAGCUGUCAGCUCACUUUAAUUCGUCUUCUUGUUUAUAAAAAUCUUAACAAAUAACACAAACGCUUGGAAUAUGUGGUUCGAAAUCCUACCUGGAGCGGUCAUCAUCACCGUGGCCAUGUCCGUGCCCAUAUACGCCAUGUAUGGACUGCAGAAGCUUACAUUGGGCAAUGCCUUCCGACGCAACAUGGACGAGCGUUUCGAUCGUGUUAUGUAUCAACGCGACUUUCGACUGACCAACAAUCCAUAUUUGAUGAAUGGUCUAGAGUCAAUAUCCGAUGAAAAUCGCGAUGAGGAGAACGAUCAAACGGCCAAGGAGGACUUUGAUGUGGGCGACGAUCCCGAUAAGGCCAAGAAUCAAGAUAAAAAUACACAAACAAUUGAGGAAUAAAAAAUGAUUUCGUUUCUGACAAUUAGAAUAA